AUGGACGCCAAAGACCUACGUGCCUACAUAGGGCUGCUAAUCCUGGCAGUGGUGUACAAGUCCCGAGGCGAAGCAGCAGCUAGUCUAUGGGAUGCACAAAGCGGCAGAGUGAUUUUCCGCGCUACGAUGCCGCGCAAACUCUUUUACACUUACUCGUCAAUGAUACGAUUUGACGACCGUGGGACACGAGCGGCGAGACGCGCGACGGACAAGUUGGCGGCGAUAAGAGAGGUCUGGGAUAUGUGGGUAGAGGGAUUACCUCGCCUCUACGACCCAGGGCGUGAAGUGACCGUGGAUGAACAACUGGUCGCGUUCAGAGGACGGUGUCCUUUCAAGCAGUACAUGCCAAGCAAACCGGCAAAGUAUGGGAUCAAGUCGAGGGUCAUGUGCGAUGCAAAAUCAAGCUACGCUUGGAAGAUGCAAGUGGACACCGGGAAGUCGAUCGAUGGAGCCCCGGAGAAGAACCAGGGGAUGCGCGUUGUGCUCGAUAUGACAGAGGGCCUGAAGGAUUGCAAUGUCACGUGUGACAACUUAUUCACCUCUUACGAACUCGGACACAACCUCAUGACGAUGAGAAACAUGACCAUGGUUGGCACGGUCCGAAAGAACAGGUCCGAGCUCCCGUCUGAGCUGCUAGCGACAAAGAGGCAACGGGUGCUGUCGUCGCAGUUCACCUUCACUCCCACCACCACUCUAGUUUCCUACCUCACCAAGAAAAACAAGAACGUUUUACUUAUGAGCACACGCCACACAGACGCCGAAAUCAGUGACAGAGACGACGGGAAACCGACCAUCGUCCUAGACUACAACUGUUAG